UCUGUACCAAAACCCAAUGGCUGAACUCGGAAUCUCGAUUGCUGCGAAACUCAUAGAAGUGAUUAGCAGUGAGAUCAUUCAAGAGAUAUGCGAUAUGUGGGGCUACAAAUCUGAUCUUGAAGACCUUAACAAAACUGUAACCAGCAUCAAGAAUGUGCUCCUUGAUGCCGAAUUCAAGCGAGAGCUCACCAAGGCAGAACGAGGCUACAUCGAGGACCUCAAGGAUGUUGUUUAUGAUGCCGACGACUUGUUCGAUGAGUUCCUCACUCUUGCUGAGCUGAAACAGAUCGAUGGCAAUGUCAACAAGGGUGGUAAGUUCUCUGAAAAGCUGCGUUGUUUCUUUUCUUCUAAGAAAAAGAAGAUGAGUCAAGCUUACAAGAUGUCUUGUAAGGUUAAGGAGAUUAAGAAGCACUUAGAUGAUAUAGUUGAUAGGCACACUAAGUUUGGGUUUAAAGUUGACUAUAAGCCUAUUUGUAGGAGAAGGGAGGAAACUUGUUCGUAUUUACACGCGAAUGAUAUUAUUGGGAGGGAUAAGGAUAAGGAGACGAUCAUAGAUAUGUUGCUGAAUCCUAGUAUGAAACAAGAUUUUUGUUUCCUGACUAUUGUGGGAAUGGGAGGGUUGGGAAAAACCGCUCUUGCUCAACUUGUGUUUAAUGAUGAUAAGAUAAAGAAUGAGUUUCCGGAUUUGAGGUUAUGGGUUUGUGUCUCUGAUCAAGAUGGGGAGAUAUUUGAUGUGAAAGCAAUCCUUUGUAAGAUUGUUGAAUUGGUUACUCAUUGUAAGAUUGAUGGUAGCUCUACAAUGGAAUUGGUGCAAAACCGAUUUCAAGAUCAAUUACGAGGAAAAAAGUUCUUCCUUGUUCUUGAUGAUGUAUGGAAUGAGGACCGUGAGAAUUGGCUUGCUUUGAAGAAGUUCUUGAUGUUGGGUCGAGGGGGGAGUAGGAUUGUGAUAACUACACGUUCAGAGACUACAUCAGCUAUAAUAGGGGAUGAAAAUGCCUAUAAGUUACAAGGGUUAUCUCAAGAGGAUUCGUGGAAGUUGUUUAAGAUGUCGGCAUUUAGCAAUGGAUGUAACCAAGAAAAUCAUGGCGAGUUGGUUGAGAUUGGGAAGAAGAUUGUUGCAAAGUGUCAUAGCGUUCCUUUAGCUAUAAAGGUGGUAGGAAGUCUUUUGUUUGGGCAAGACAUAUGAAAGUGGGAGUCGUUUGAACAGAGCGGACUAGCCAAAAAUGGUGAAGGCAAUAAUAGGAUUAUGUCUAUAUUAAUGCUCAGUUACCACAAUCUGGCAUCCUCGUUGAAGAGUUGUUUUAGUUAUUGUGCAGUGUUUCCAAAGGACCAUGUAAUAGAGAAGGGUAUAUUAAUUCAACUUUGGAUGGCACAAGGAUACAUUGUGCCAUUAGAAGGAGGUCAAAGUAUAGAUGAUGCUGCGGAGGAACAUUUUGUAAUUUUGUUACGGAGAUGUUUCUUUCAAGAUGUCAAAACAAAUGAACGUGGUGAUAUAGAUUCAAUUAAGAUCCAUGACUUGAUGCAUGAUGUUGCUCAAGAAGUGGGGAAGGAGGAGGCCCGUGUAGUGACUUCUAUGACAGAUAAAAUGGGUGAUAAAAUACGUCAUGUGCAAUGUGUUGGUGAUAUAUGUCCAGAAACGAUAUCUUCAUGUAGCAAUAAGAUUCGUUCAUAUAUUUGCAAUGUGAGUAAAAAACCUUCAGUGGAUACUCUAAUUGACAAGUGGUUGUGCCUAAGGGCGCUUGAUUUGUCAGGAUCGCACAUUAAAAUCUUGCCCGAUUCAAUAGGUAAGCUGUUGCAUUUAAGGUUUCUUGACCUGUCUCAUAAUAGAAGUUUGGAGAUACUUCCUGAUGCAAUUACAAGGCUGCAUAAUCUGCAGACAUUAAAUUUAAAAUAUUGCAGUAAUUUAAGGGAGUUGCCAAAAGAUUUUAGCAAACUGGUUAACCUCUGGCAUUUGGAUUUACUUUCUGAUGUUAAAUUAAGUGGUAUGCCUUCAGGCUUGGAUAAGCUAAGUAGUCUUAGAGUUCUUACUACUUUGUGGUGGGUAACAGAAAUUCAAGUGAUGUUGACGAGCUGAAAGCCCUAAAAGCCCUAAAACCUCUCAUCAACUUAAAGGGAUCCAUCAGGAUUGCAAUCGGUGAAUAUUAUACUAAUAGAAAAGUGGAAGGCAUGAAUAACGGGGUAGAGGGAGGGUAUCUGAAGAGCAUGAAAUAUCUCACCAGCGUCGAUAUCGAUUUUAGUGAUAAACAGGGUGGAUGUGUGAGACAUGAAGCUGUGUUGGAAGUCCUGGAGCCACCUUCAAAGCUCAAGGGGUUUUGCUUGAGCGAUUACCAGGGUACAAUAAUUCCAAAGUGGGGGACAGCGGAGAGUAACUGGGCAGUCUCCCUAUCGCGUCUUGUCAAUAUCAGGUUUCAUGGAUGUACAAACUUGACGGAGAUGCCAGUGCUAAGUAAAAUGCCUCAUCUGAAAUCACUGGUACUUGAAUAUUUGGAUAGCUUGGAGUACAUGGAGAAUACAAGCGGAAGCAUGAGCAAUUACGGUGAAGAAACUGCAGAAUUGGCAACGUUCUUCCCUUCCCUUACAAAACUUAUUUUUCGAAGUAUGUAUAAAUUGAAAGGUUGGCGGAAGGAGGAGCCAUCAGCUGAUGAUAAUCACGGCUUGAAUUCCAGGUGGAGAUUUCCCUCUGUAUCCAUAUUAGAUAUCUACAAUUGCCCAAACCUGACGUUAAUUCCUCAUUGUCCAAACCUAGAAAAGCUGACCUUCUUGACAAGUAGUAAAAAUUUCCAAAUAUUAAAAACAGCAGAUGAUACUUCUGUCAGUGCCAAAUUUUGGUACCUGCAUACCGACAAUGCGAGUAUUUUGAAAUCAGUGCCCACAAAUAGUCUUACCUCUCUUUGGAUAACAGAAGGUAGAGAUCAGGAGAGGGAGAAUGAAUCAGAAGUUGGAGAGGCAUUCCAGAGAUGCGCAUCUUCUUUGCAAAGUCUAACAAUAGACGAAAUAAAUAGACUGAAAAGACUGGCUGGAGGAACAGGUUUGCAACAUUUCAGUGCUUUGGAGGAAAUCAAAUUAGGCAGAAGUAACUUUCUCUACGGCUCCGAAGUGUAUGAAGAAGAUGACAACAUGAUGCUUUGGAAAUCUUUUCCUCAAAGCCUCCGCUCCUUGUAUUUACAUAGAUUUGAAUGGACUAGUUUGCCAAAGGGGAUGCAGUACUUGACCUCCCUCAAAGCCCUCACCAUUUACAAAUGUACCAAAUUGACAGCCCUCCCAGAAUGGAUAAGCAGUUUGUCUUCUCUUCAAAGCCUGGUCAUAUUGGACUGUUGUGCCCUCAAAUCAAUACCAGAAGCAAUGCGGACACUCACCUCCCUCCAGAGACUUUCCAUAGAACGUUGCCGGAACCUAUUGAAAAGAUGCAAAGAACCUGAUGGAGAGGACCGUCCCAAAAUUCAACACAUCCCUCAAAUUGAACUACUAUACGGAUAUUAUUAGGCUUCUGAGUCUUGCUGAUAACAGCCUGAGAUGACCAGAUGUACAUUAUCUGCAAGAGGAAAAAAAAAAAGACGUCUUGAAGUAAGCUUGUUUAUUUGUUCAUUAAGGGAAUCCGGACAACGCUUUGCUUAUGUAUACAAACCUGAUCAAUUGAUGGCAAGUCUGCUGUAAAUUUUCUGCCUCAGUCGUCACGCUUAAGACUAAAGGGGGGAAGCAAAGAAAUCCUCAUACUCUCAAACAAAUGUAGUUGGACUGUUGGAAGUUUAUUCAGAUUUUGAGAAUAAAAGUCAUUCAGACUGCCUGUAUUCCUCUGAUCCUUGAAAGAGGAUGACUUGCCAUGAAGAACUCUUCAUCAGAACUUUUAUUACUAAGAAAGUAAUAAAAAGUAUGGCUGGUGAGUUUUUCUGAGGGGUUGCUGUUCUUAAUCACAUUACAUUCAUUGCCAAUUUCUGGGGUGACUUGAUUAUUGUGAGUUUCUUUAGAAAAUUGAGAAACUUUCACAUUUUUCUCUGUAUUUUGGCUCUAAAGAAUUGUAACAGUUGAAUCUUUUGUAAGAUGGUUGAUUCAGUUUUCUUUUUUAUGAACAUAAAAUGAACCUGCUUUGGUUUGUUUCAUGUAUGAUAUAAACAAAAAAAAAAAAAAAAAAAAAAAAAAAAAAAAAAAAAAAAAAGACUUGAAUUUCCUGAGGGGUUGCUGUUCUGAAUCACAUUCCAUUUGUAGCCAAUUUCUGCAGUGACUUGAUAUAACAGUACACAAAUGCAACUGUACUACUGAAGAUAGCAAUCACCAAUUCUUUUCAUUCAAACAGAACUUGCAGUGUCAUUCUUCAAAUGUAUAUAUACAGACAAGCUGAAAAUUAUCAUUUCAGGCCUGAGCUAAUACACUUAACUGCUUAAGGCACUAUAGCAUUGUUUCUGUUAGUUACUGCAUCGAUGAUCUCUUAUCUGCAACUUUUUUGGGGAAAAAGUAUCAUUGGUUUUCCCUUGUAUGUCUAUUUCUUUAGGAAAUUGGGAGGUUUUCACAUUUUUCUCUGUAUUUUGGCUCUUGUAGGAAUUGUAACAAUUAAAUCUUUUGUACGAUUCUUAAUUCAAUUUUCUCUUUUAUGAAUAAAAAUAAAACUGCUAUGGUUCGUUUCGUUUAGAUCCUUAUAUAUAUAUAUGUUCAGAUCAUCUUUUGCAUUAUUAUAGGCAACUGAUGACUGACUGUAAUGUAAGAUCAGGCGCGCCUACUUCUACGCUGUGAACCUGCUGCUCUGAUCCAAUUAUUGUGAUGACUUGUUUAUGCCAACAAAUGCAUUGAUUCAGUUGGUUCCCAAUAGUUAUGCCACAAUGAAAAUCCAUAUUGUUUCUGAUUGAAUCAAUUAAAUAAAUCCAUAUGAAAGUUGAUCAUCAGGGCUUCCAAGGUUUCCAACAGUCUAUUUAUGUAACACUUGCCAAUGCAUCUACUGGCCGUGUGUUGGACAGUGCAUUUCAUACCCACCUUCGCAUCCUCACUGCCAUGAGUGUCUAA